AUCUGAAUCUGUGACUCCUCUUCACCUCUUCAUCUCCUCCCUUUCCAAUCCGUCCCAUCACUCUGGUGAUAGGGUUUGCAGAGCUUCAUCCAGCUGUAGGCUUGUCAUCUGUCUCUCCCUCCUGGACUGAGAGAGGCCCUCACUUCUUACAGUCGCACUGCUCUAUCUACUUUCAUCUUGUAACUUUUUGACAGUUUUCUUGGGACGCGGCUCAAGAUGCCAGAGCCCACAAAAAAAGAUGACACUCCAAAUGGCCAGCCAGAGGAAAGUGUUGCCCCAGACAGUAAUGGUGCCCCAACCCUACCUGAGAUAUCUCUGGAGGUUUCUCCACCCCCAGAGGCAGUAACAGAGGGGAAAGAGCCAUUAGAGACUGAUGGGGAGAAACCAGAGUCCGCAAAGCCUGAGCCAUCACAAGCAGUAGUGGCUCAGAUGCCCAACACCGCUGAUAGUUCUUCAAACCAACCAGAACCUAGUGGUGUUGGGGUCAAAGAGCAUGCAGAAUCCACGGACUGUAUUGUUAAGGAUGAGGGCAGUUGCUCUCCUGCUCCGAAUGAUGAUAAUCCUGCUUCCUCAUCCCCAACACCCCAAACAGAGGAUGGCAUUUCAACCAAGAAACUCUCAAUUGACUUGCCUAAUGAUAGUGAUCCUGUGUCAUCCACGGGGAGAAAAGACUCAGUGUGGUCUCUGGGAGACGGACAGCCCCCAGAAGACGUGGACAAGCCAGUUGACAAUCCACCACUGUCCACACUGCUGAUAGAAAGGCCCCAAAGUGGCACCGUGGCUGUGGGUGGUGACAUCACUUUCGUGGCUAAGGUGGAAGCCAAGGAUCUUCUUCGUAAACCCACUGUCAAGUGGUUCAAGGGGAAAUGGAUGGAUCUGGCCAGCAAGACUGGGAAGCACUUGCAACUUAAAGAGAGCUUUGAGCGAGCGACGAAGAUCCACACUUUUGAGAUGCACAUCAUCAAAGCCAAAGAAAACUAUGCUGGAAACUACAGGUGCGAGGUGAACUACAAAGACAAGUUUGACAGCUGUUCCUUUGACUUGGAGAUUAAAGAAGAAGAAAAAGGCCAACAUAGCAUAGAUAUUCGUUCAGCCUUUAAAAGAAGCAGUGAAGGACAAGAAGAUGCAGGGGAACUUGACUUUAGUGGUCUCCUUAAACAUAGAAAUCAAAGGGAGCACAAACAGCAGGACGACGCUCCAGAGGUGGAUGUUUGGGAAAUCCUGAAAAGUGCCCGGCCAGAUGAAUAUGAGAAAAUUGCCUUUACAUAUGGUAUCACAGAUUUGAGGGGUCUUUUGAAGAGGUUGAAAAAGGCCCCAAAAGAGGAGAAGAAGAGCGCAGCUUUUGCAAAGAGGUUGGACCCAACAUACCAGGUGGACAAAGGUGGGAAGAUUCGCCUGGUGGUUGAACUGGCUGACCCCACAGUUGAUCUGAAGUGGUACAAGAAUGGACAAGAAAUCAGACCCACCCCCAACCAAAGGAAGUUCAUAUUUGAACAUAAAGGGACACAGAGGAUUAUGGUGAUCAACAACUGCUCUAGUAAUGAUGACGCAGCCUAUUCAGUGGUUGCAGGCGAAGAAAAAUGCACAACAGAAUUGUUUGUCAAAGAGUUGCCAAUUACUAUUGUUAAGGGGAUUGAACCUGUCAAGACCACAGUGAAUGAGAGGAUCGAGCUGGAAUGUGAGGUUUCUGAGGAAGGCGCUCAUGUCAAAUGGCUGAAGAACGGAGUUGAGGUCCCAACGGGAGUGCGGUCCAGGUACCGAGUUAAGAGUGAAGGAACCAAACACUAUUUGGUGAUUGAUGAUGCCUCCAGAGAAGACACAGGGACGUUUUCUGUAAUGGCCACUGGGGGCGUGUCAGAGGCUCAUGUUCAAGUUGACUUGAAACCACUUAAGGUGUACCAGGACCUGCAGGAUGUAACAGUUAUGCUUGGACAACCCCUUAAACUACACUGUGACAUCUACCCAGGGAAUGUCCCUGGCCGUUGGUACAGGAAUGGACAGCUCAUUCAGCCAAGCGAUCGCAUUAACAUCAUACAUAGAAACAAGGUUCACCGACUGGAAAUUGAAACCAGCUCACUUCAUGAUGCAGGAGACUACACGUUUGUACCGGAGGGAUACUCACAGAGUCUUUCUGCCAAAGUUCAAAUUAUUGAUCCUCCAAAAGUACAUUUGGAAAGCUUGAACCUACCAGACAACACAGUUACAGUUGUGGCAGGAAACAAACUUCGCUUAGAGGUUCCCAUCAGUGGAGAGCCAGCACCCAGAGUGGUGUGGAUGAAGGGAGAAAGGGUCAUUCUUGACUCUGGCCAUCGUGUCCGAGCUGAAACAUAUGUUGACCAGACAAGCCUCACAAUUGAGGUCACUGAACGUGAGGACACAGGCAAUUACAAAAUGGUUUUGCAGAAUGAGGCCGGUGAGGCUACAGCCAGCGUCAAAAUCAAGGUUGUUGACAUUCCUGAUCCUCCGGAAGCACCCUUGGUACCAGAGGUGGGUGGUGAUUGGUGCUCUAUGACUUGGGAACCACCAAAGUACGAUGGAGGUUCACCAAUAUUAGGAUAUUUCAUUGAGAGAAAAAAGAAACAGAGCUCCAGAUGGAUGAGAUUGAACUUCGACUUGAUCAAAGAAACUUCGUUUGAACCCAAAAAAAUGAUUGAAGGAGUGCCAUAUGAAGUAAGAAUCUUUGCUGUCAAUGCUAUCGGAGUAUCUAAACCCAGUGAGCCAUCUAAAGCUUUUACUCCUCUUGCCGUGACCAGUGAGCCAACAAUGCUGGUGGUGGACGAUGUCACAGACACUGCAGUGACUGUAAAGUGGCGUCCACCCGAAACCAUAGGAGCCGCUGGAUUGGAUGGAUAUUUGGUGGAGUAUUGUAUUGAAGGAAGCAACGACUGGAAGGUUUCUAACAAGGAAAUAACAGAGAAAACCAAGUACACCAUUACAGGACUAACCCCGGAGAGUAAAAUCUUAGUUCGCGUCAGAGCCAUCAAUAAAGCUGGAGCCAGCGCACCACGGACUCUGCAGCAUGCAGUGCUGGUCAAAGAGGUUGUUGAACCACCCAAGAUUCGGGUGCCAAGACACCUGAAACAAACGUACACUCGCAAAGUUGGAGAAGCUGUCAACCUGGUGGUUCCUUUCCAGGGCAAACCAAGGCCUAAGGUCACUUGGAUGAAAGAAGGCCAGCCCAUUGAACCAUCGCACGUUAGCAUUCGAAACACAGACUGUGAUAGCAUCAUCUUCAUUCGCAAAGCAGAGCGCAACCAUUCUGGGAAGUAUGAGAUGACAGUGCAAGUGGAAAAUCAUGUGGACACAGCUAUAAUUGACAUACAAAUUGUAGAUUUACCAGGACCUCCUCAGAGUGUAACUAUUGAAGACGUAUGGGGAAGAAAUGUAGCGUUGGUCUGGACUCCACCAAAAGACAAUGGAAAUGCUCCAAUAACAGGCUACACUAUUCAAAAAGCAGAUAAGAAGACAAUGGAAUGGUUUACAUGUAUUGAGCACUACCAUCGCACCUGUAUUACCAUCACAGACCUGGUGGUUGGAAACGAGUACUACUUUAGGAUCUUCUCUGAGAACAUGUGCGGUCUCAGCGAAAAUGCUACCCAAACCAAAAAGAGUGCACUCAUUGCCAAAGAAGGUUUGCAGGUGAAAAUCCCAGAGUACAGUGACCACGACUUCAAGGAGCCACCCAAGUUCACACAGCCACUCAUCAAUACGUUUGCCAUAGCCGGCUACAACGCCACUCUGAACUGUAGUGUUCGUGCCAACCCAAGGCCUAAAGUAAUCUGGAUGAAGAACAAAAUGGCCAUCAUUGAUGACCCUCGCUACCGCAUGUUCAGCAACCAAGGUGUCUGUACUUUGGAAAUCCGGAAACCCAGUCCUUAUGAUGGCGGCCUCUACACUUGUAAAGCCAUCAAUGAUUUGGGAGAAGCCCAAGUGGACUGCAAGCUGGAGAUCAAAGUCCAAACUCAAGAAUUGUGAAUGUAUGUUCUCAUAUAAAUAAGGAGGCUUUACCUUCUACGAGCUCAUGCAACGGGGAGUACCUCUUCACCUGAUUGAUCAGUACAUGAACGAGUCAAAGAUUGUCGAGGAGAAGUGAACGUGAACACAAUGCAACGAGAAACUUUGUGUAAAUGACCACCUUUUCGUCUCUUCUGGACUCAGCUAGUGAUUGCUGGAUGGUGGGAGAGCUGAUGAGAUGUGAGAGAGGGCGGAUUGCUCUGUGGUUUGACUUGUGAAGUUCAGCUUUAUAUCUUUGUUACCAUAGAAAAGCCAUCUUUCCUCUUUGGACAUGCUGUUAUCUUUGUUUGUUUUGUUUUUUUUAAAAGGUCGACUCUAAUGUGCGUAACUAGUGCUUGGUUGUAGCUUCGCUAAGAACAUGUGUGUAAAGAGCAAAAAAACUACUUAGGAAUACAAAAAAAUACAAUGUGCAAACAUUAACACAUCUGAAGUGUUUGACUUUUUUGAAAAUAUUUGCAAGUAGAAACAACUUUCUGAUGGGAUUUAAAAAAGAAAGGGGACUGUGAAAGAAUAAACAAUCAGUGUUUUGUUUGGUUUCCUUCAUGCUGCAAAAAAAACUGGACUUGAGUCAUAGGGGAUGAAAAAAAAUGAUUUACAGUCUAUAUUCUGCAUGUAAGUACACGUUAUUAUUUCUAAAUUCACAGUGGACUGAAAUUUGAUCAAUUCAUGUGCAUGCUGUCACCUUUGUAAUUAUGACUUUCAAAUUAAAAUGAAGCUUCAAUAUAAAA